AUGGGAUCUGCUCAGCGGGGCAUCAACGAUCGCCUGAUGAGCCUCCGCCUGCCUCUCUGGGGAGGCAAAUUCGCCACCGUCAUCAGCGUCUACGCUCCGACGAUGACCAACCCCGACGCCAUCAGAGACAAAUUCUACGAGGACCUGCACGCCCUCUUGGCGACUGUGUCGAAGGCGGAGAAGUUGAUUGUCCUUGGUGAUUUCAACGCCCGCGUCGGCACAGACCAUGCUGCCUGGAGAAGAGUGCUGGGUCCCCAUGGGCUCCGCGGCUCAAACGACAAUGGUCUGCUGCUUCUCCGCACGUGCGCAGAACACCGCCUCAUCCUAACGAACACGUUCUUGUGUCUGCCGGAGCAAGAGAAGGCCACCUGGAGGCAUCCUCGGUCGCGUCAGUGGCACCUGCUGGACUACGUCCUCGUCCGGAGGCGAGAUCAGCGGGACGUGCUGGUGACAAAGGCGAUCGCGGGCGCUGACGGGUGGACCGACCAUCGCCUCGUCAUCUCGAAUAUUUGUAUUCGCCUACAGCAUCGCAGGAGACCACAAGGUGAGCGACCCCCAGGUAAGCUGAAUGUUGCCUUGUUGUCUUUGCCCGCUCACCAUCUUCAUUUCAGCAAUCAGCUAGCUCAAAGGCUAGACAACCUUCCAAACACUGCCGCCGACGACGCCGCCGCUGUCGAGAACGCCUCUGCGGAGAACCGCUGGCGUCAACUGCGAGACACGGUCCAGUCGACGGCGCUCGCCGUCCUCGGUCGCGCUCCCCGCCAACACCAGGACUGGUUCGACGACAACGACACCGCCAUCAGAAAUCUGCUAGCUGAGAAGAACCGCCUACACAAAGCCUACGUAGAUCACCCCACUGAUGCCAACAAAGCUGCCUUCUACCGCAGUCGCCGCCAACUUCAGCAACGACUGCGCGAGAUGCAGGACGCCUGGACUGCUCGCAAAGCUGAGGAGAUCCAAGGCUACGCGGACCGCAACGAAUGGAAGAACUUCUUCUCCGCGAUCAAAGCUGUCUACGGUCCGCCGACGAAGGCCACUGCUCCUCUCCUCAGCGCCGACGGCAGCACUCUCCUGACUGAGAAGACGCAAAUCCUACAGCGAUGGGCCGAGCAUUUCCGAGGCGUCCUCAACCGCCCCUCCGUCAUCUCCGACGCCGCCAUCGAGCGUUUGCCGCAAGUGGAGACCAACGUGGACCUCGACCUCCCGCCAUCUCUCCAGGAGACCAUCGGGGCCGUGCAGCAGCUCUCCAGCGGGAAAGCACCCGGAUCGGACGCAAUCCCUGCUGAGGUCUACAAGCACGGAGAUCCCCAACUGAUGAUCACCUGA